AUGGCCGAUUCUAGUGGAGUGCGGAUGUCGAAGGCCUGUAGAGCGUGCGCCAAGGCAAAGGUACGGUGCGACCGAGAAAACGAUGAGACAUGUAAACGAUGCCAUCGCUUAGGCAAGGAAUGUGGGGGACAGGCUCCUGGGGCACAUCGACGCCAAAAGCCAACUAAAAACAGCGUUCAAGUCUCUGCCCUCGAGGCAAAGUUGGACCGAAUGGUCGCUUUGAUGGCGGCCUCGAAUCCAUCGCCUACGCAAUCAUCCGACCUUAAUUCAUUGCUUACACAGUCGCCGACCACUUUGCUUGAUAAAGACCCAGGGAUUCCAAACGAAGGAGAGGGCGAAAUUCUCUUGGCGCGUUUUACCACGAAAAUGGUUCAUUUAUUCCCCUUUGUGGUGAUUCCAGCCAAUGUUACAGCAAAGCAAUUAAGCCAAGAAAAGCCGUUUCUCUUCCUCAACCUCUCAAUGGCCGCAUGCCAGAGUGCAUCGCGUCAGCGAGAUUUCUCGAAUACUGUGAAAGAGUAUGCAGCCGAACACAUUAUUUUACGGAAUGAGCGAAGUCUCGAUCUUCUACAAGGUCUUCUCGUUUUCUUGGCAUGGUUCAUUGGGCAUUCUCCUGUUCCUGCACAGACUGGAGAAAUACCAGAAAUGGCCUCACAGCAGACCACUCAGGGCCCCGUACAACUAGAUGCUUUUAUGCAAUUAGCCUUGGCGCAGCUAAUCAGCUUACAUCUAGGCGUUGAUUUGAGCUCCCCUAAUAGAUUGUUCAAGCCAAUCGGCUAUGUAAAGAAAAUGGAUGCCUUGGUUGACUCGAAGCCUUUACGGACGCUAGAAGAGCGACGCACCUAUUUGGGAUGCUACUAUUUGACCGUAAUGUUGUCCUCCUGUGUGAGAGAUAUGGAACCACUUCGCUUCACGAAAUAUACGGAUGAAUGCUGCAAGGUCAUAGAGGCGGAGUCAGAAUCUCCUACCGAUGCCGUUCUUGUUCAUUUAGUUCGUGCUAUGCAUCUUGCCGAUAGGAUUGUUCACACAAUCUGCUUCGAUGAUUUCGAUGACCUCGGAUCACUUUCGGGUCCGCUGGGCUUGAGUAUACGGGGGUUUGAAUCUGACCUCAGAAAGUUGAAAGCCUCAUUCUUCUGCGAAUCGCCAUAUUCAAGUAAGACUUCCAAUCCAGUUUUGACUCGGGGAUCGCUUUAUUUAUUCAAUGCAGAAAUCCUAAAUCUCCAUUACGAUACAUUGGAAAUACUAUUGUAUCAAGUUGCUCUCAGCGAGCAACUUUCUGAUGCUCAAUGCAGUGGCUAUACUCUCACACGUUUGGACAUUCUGUUCCGCUGCCUCCAAGCGACAAAGUCCCUUUUCGAUGAUUUCGAUUCCUUCCCGUCUUAUUAUUUGACUUAUAUGCCUUUUACUUUUUGGUGCCAAUUUGGUCACGCAGUUGUCGCCCUUUCUCGUUUAAGUCUAUUUCAGAGCGAAACUGGGUGGGACCUUGAAUAUGUGCAGAACACUGUUGACUUUGACCAAACGAUCGAUCGACUAAUGCAAAAACUUGAGGAAGCUCGACAACUCAUCGAGCGAGAAACUGGCCCACGUCCCACAGCUCAAUUACCCGAGGUUUUUCGAAGACUUCCACAUAGGAUGCGCCUCAUGAAAGAAUGCCAUCGCCAUAGGAAGGAGGCCUUGGACAAAUCCCGGUCCCAAGAAGUACAAGACCCGGCUGGUUUUGACUUUUUGUUCAAUAUGUCAUUCGAUACAUAUUCUUCAUUUGACGAUUUUCUGGCGCUCGGCGGAGGGAUGUAA